AUGUUCGAAACCAGUGCUAUUGAUAAUUUUACUUCACUACCACCAUUUGAUUCAACCAUUCCCACAUCCUUACAUGCUUCUACCAUAUCACCUACAUAUUCGAAUAUUAUGGAUCAACCUAUUACAUCUCUAUUUCCUUCUCAAUCCACUGAAGGACCAAAAUCAGUUCCUAAUGAUAACACCGAAGAGGAUGAUAUUAUCAUUACGUUUGCGAAUAUAAAAUUUCAUCAGGAGGAGGAGAACAUUCCCGAUCACAUGCUUAUGUUUGCGAAGCAGUUCAAGAUUCUCAACAGAACGCUCAAGUCUUUGUUACAACGUCAAGCUGAUGUUGGGAUUUUUCAUAGUGGGUCUGAGAUUGAAUUCAAUGUUAUGCUUAAAUCCCAAGAACUUUGUCUGAAAUCUUUGAUGGAACAAAUAUUUUCGAAGACUAAGAAAUGUUUGAAGCAGCAGUCUGAUUUGUGUGUUCAUGAGGAGGAUGUCAAUUUGAAAAUCGAAGAAAUUCGUUCUGAAAUGGUGAAGGAGGUUGUUAAUCUUGAUCACAAUUAUUCAACUCUCAAUAUGAAAGUUGAUAUUGUUCCUGUUGCUUUUACGAAAGUGGUUAAACUUCGAAAUUCUCUUUCAACCAAGUUUGAAGCAAAGUCGACGUCUAAUUCCCUGAGCUUUGCCAAAUUGGAAAAGUUGUUGGGCGAUUUAAAAGAUUUACUUUUGAAGCUUGGGUAUUCUCAAUAA